CAGGCAGCUUGGAAAUUGCUGAGUAAAAGACCACCUUCUAACUGGCCAGCUGAGGGAAAGGUCACUUUCAAAAAUUACAUGACUAGAUACAGAGAAGGGUUAAAUUUAGUAUUGAAAGGAAUUAAUUGUGAAAUAUUUCCAGGGGAAAAGGUUGGUAUUGUUGGAAGAACUGGUGCAGGUAAAUCAUCUUUAACAGUGGCAUUAUUUCGAUUGAUUGAAGCUGCCAAUGGCACUAUUAACAUAGAUGAUCAAAAUAUAGGAGAACUUGGACUUCAUGACCUACGCUCAAAACUAACCAUACUGCCACAGGACCCUGUGAUUUUUUCUGGUACACUGCGAAUGAAUCUUGAUCCAUUUGACAUGCACAAUGAUGAUGAAGUUUGGAAAGCAUUAGAUCAUGCUCAUUUGAAAAGUUUUGUAAAAGGUCUGACAUGUGAAUUAGACUAUGAAUGUGGAGAAGGAGGACAAAAUUUAAGUGUUGGUCAAAGACAACUUGUUUGCUUAGCCAGAACUCUUUUAAGAAAGACCAAAAUAUUAGUGUUAGACGAAGCUACCGCAGCAGUUGAUAUGGAAACUGAUGAUCUUAUCCAACAAACUAUUAGACGAGAAUUUAAAGAGAGCACUGUGUUAAGUAUUGCUCAUAGACUCAAUACUGUAAUGGAUUAUGAUAAAAUUAUGGUACUUGAUUCAGGAACAAUCAAAGAAUAUGAUUCACCAAACAGAUUACUAGAAGAUAAAACCACAAUAUUUUAUGGAAUGGCAAAGGAUGCUGGCUUAGUACAUUAA